AUGGAUUCCAAGAAGGUGUUCGUUGUUACUAGUCUAACCGACGAUCUUGUGGUCGAAAUCCUCUCCCGGGUGCCGUUCAAAUCUUUUUGCCGCUUCAAAUGUGUCUGCAAGGCUUGGCUUGCCUUCUCCUCUGAUCCACACUACCAACAGAAGCUGCUGAAAGUUCCCACUGGUCUUUUGCACAAACCACAGUGGAUCUCUGAUCUCCAGCUUCUUAGCCUCCCUGGGAAAGACGAGGAAAUUGAUGCAGCUCUUACGUUCGUGCCGCACUACAAGCGCUUAGAGCUUGUAGACUGUUGCAGUGGCCUGAUUCUUUGCCGCUACAAGAGCUUCUAUACUUCUCUAGAGAUGGGCCGCUUCAUUGUCUGCAACCCGGCAACACGAGCGUGGAGGACAGUCCGUGCUCCUGAAUCUCACCCUCACCCACUUGAGUCAGAUGGCUCCCACUGUAGAACCUUUUUGGCCUUCGAUCCGUCAUGGUCGGCACACUUCUAUAUCAUCAACAUUCAAGAGAAUGCCGACGGUUGGGCAUUCAAACUUUACGUGUUCUCUUCUGAACUAUCCACGUGGCUUGUGGAUGGUACAUGGAGUUUUAAUCCUAGGAGACUUAAUAAUAAACCACACAAUUUUAUUGGUGGAGUGUUGCAUGUGCAGACCAUUAUUCGUGAUAUUCUUGUGGUUGAAGGCUUGGAGGCAAUAAGUUAUGGCAUGCGGCCCAAUCAUUAUACUAUUAAGCUUCCAAAUGACUGUUGGGAUGGUUGCUUUGGCCAAUCAGCGGGGUUCUUGCAUUACGCGUCUCCAGAGGAUGGUGGUCGUACAGUUGCAGUUUUCAGUGUUGAUGCGCAUCGUCCUUGCAAGUGGUCACUGAAGCAUCGACUUUGUAUGCGGGAUGCAUUUGGGAGAGACAUCUUUUCUUGCAGAGAAGGGUAUUUGUGUGACUUCCGGAUCGUCGCAAUUGACUUGGAGCGAGAUGUUAUCUUCCUUUUCGAUAUGGAGGCACGGAAGCUUUUGUCAUACAACAUCAACACUGGGAAAGUUAGUGUGAUCAAAGAUGUCUGGCUCUACUGGUUUGGGGACUUUUAUUCUUAUGUGGCAUGUUACUCAAAGCUCGCUGGCUGA